GAUGCUUUGCUUCCUGUUCUUCUGUGUUGUACAGAAUGCAUCACAGUCUUCCUUUAACUUUACAAUUCUGAGUUAAACAGACAUCUGGAGGGGAUUAAGACCAUUUAGAGAUCUGGUUUUCUUUAACCCUAUAACGGCUUUAUGGACAAAAGCGGAUCGUAACCUCGGCUCUCAGCUGUGUGUGCUGAGUUUGAUAAGUGUGUUUGUUCGGAGAAGAUCAUGGCUUUAACACUGCAUGAAUUUACACAGUCUGUAAAGGCUAAAGCUUUACCCAGGGUGCUACAGAUCCAGUCAGGAGUCUACUGUCAAGGAUGUGUUUAUGAGAUGUUUGGAAGAGAAUGCUCUCUGUCGACCGGAGAUCUGCUUAAAAUCAUUGACAUCACCAUCAUGGGAUUUUCUGCCCUGAGCUCCAGCAACACAAAGCUCGACCUUCCAUUGGAAUAUCCAGGUCUGUUUAAACUGAUAGCUGACAGUCAGCCGUACCGGAGCGUAGAAGAAAUCGUGCAGUCGGUGAAGAUCAGCUCUCACAGACUGGGUCAUCCGGUGUUCCUCACAUUCUCAGAGAUAAAGCUUUCACACGGUCUCAUAAAAGAGCGAGAGAGUUUUAAAAUCACAGCUGUCACCCACCAUCAGCCGGACGGAGGCCGUGUGGACUGUGUGCUGCUUCAUAGAGAACCAAAGUUCUGCUUCAGUCUGAGUUUCUCUCAGCAGGGCGACUUCAUCGAGUGUCAGGAUGAUCAGUUUUACACACUGAAGGAGAUCGCCGACUGGAAGAUCUCGAAAGGCAGGAGAAGAUCUGUUUGUGAGGUCAAAACUCUGCUCAAGAAAGAUUUCUUAUUUUCCGGUUUAUUGGAGAACGUGUGUGGAGAGCUAAUAUUAACUCCUGUAUAUGAGCUGAAGGCUAUUACAAAGAUUAGCGAGAACGUUUUGCUCCUCGCAUCAAAUCUGGACGUGGAGGUGAUGGAUGUUACGGAGCAGUUCAAUUGCGACUCUUUUCAAACAGUCCAGCAUUUUUCACUGAAGGAUGUGUUUGAAAGUCCUGCCGAGUUCUUCCCGGUCGUGGCCGAGCUGUCGUGUGGAAAUUCAUUCAAGCUGUCACUAGAGCUGAAGUCUCUGUUUCACUCCAAACAGGUGAUCAUUCAUCACGCUUACCGUUCAAAACGAAUACUGGCCUCAGAAAUGUGCAGCGAAUCUCCAAGACACUUUCUCAUUCCCGAGUCCUACAACGGACGCUUGAAACGCAGGCCACGCCAGUUUCCCACAGCCUACGAUCUGGAGCGAGCUCGCAGCGAGACGGAGGAGAUACGCGUGGUGGCCACCAGAGAGUUUGAGUCCACGUACGAUGGACUCUCUUCUGUUCAAGCCAGAGAUCAGUUUGUGGUGACUAAAGGAAAGAGUCGUGUGAUUUCACAUGAUGGGACAGAGAAGUUAGUGGAUGCGUUUGAAUGUCUAAAGGUUACAGAGAAAAGUAAGGGGGUCGAAGUGAAGGAGUCUGUGCGACUCCCUAUGUGUUUGGAGGGUGGAUUUGUGGAGCUGGUCAGCGACAAACGUCAGUAUACCAUCACAGAGGUAUGCCGAUGGUUCCCUCUGCCCUUCAAUGUCAAUGUGUCGAUGAGGGACCUCUCUCUGAAGCUUGACACUCUGGCUGGAGUACCUGGUCUGCACAUUGAGGAGGAGAUCUCUGAUCCCUGUCUUCUUAUUUCAACCACGGAUCUCUCCGAGCUGAUGGAAGUGCCGGUAAAUCGUACAGACUUGACCCUUAGAAUUAAAGAGCGGUGGACUGGUGAGAGUUUAGCGUGUAAUGGAAUAUCAUCCAUAGAGGAGAUCUCAGAGGACUCUUACUUCAGCCUGAGAAGAUACGCUGUCGCUACGGUGACACCUCCUCCUAGACCUCCAAAAAAGCCAAAGGAUCCUCCUCCACGCCCUCCCAGGACCUUCUUAUCCACGUCUGAGCAGAUCAACGCUGAAGGUACCAUCUGUUCUCAAAAGAUACAGAUGUUGACUACAUCAGGAGCACAAUCACAGUAUAACACAUCUGACAACACGCAGAUUCUUCACAUUGAAACUUCUGAGCAAGAUGACUCCACACAAUGCAGUGACUCCAAACAUGAAAAUGACAAACAGACUCUCAUCAUUCAUAAACCAACCCUAACACUUGCUAAGGGCCGAAGUCUGGACAACAUAGCCACCGCAAGAACUGCGGACGAGGACGAUGUGCACGAUUAUGAAUACAUAGAUGAGGCUCAGCUUGACAACAUCAGAAGGACGUGUUAUGAUCAACCUGUUAGCACAUGUGUGAAAACAAAACCUAGUCAUACAAUAUAAAUACACUAUAGAGACGGAAACAUAACACAUGACUAAUAAAACUCAACAUUAUUCACACACAAGUGUAUUUAGUAGUCUGCAGAAUAAACACGAAUAAUUUAUUUUAUGGACGUUUAGGUCUUGAUCUUAAUAUGACCAAAAAGAUCUUGUUAGACGUGAGUGACUGUAUAAAAUUACUGUAAAACAUCUUGUCUGACACAAUGAGAUUUAUGCUGAGCCUUUAAUAAAUUGGUAAACAAUAUA